UUCUUCAUGUACAAGCAACCAGAUAUCCUCUCCAUGGUGUGGAUUUUUAAUCUCAAAUCAUCUUGAAUCUCAGUGAGACUGUCUGGAUUCUCUGAAAAGUGUUAACCAUCCCAAAGGAAAUGCCUUCGAGAAGGAAACCUCUGUCAGUUGUAUCACUGAUGAUAUUUAUGCUGAAUGUCAUCACUGGAGAUGCUCUGACUUGUAAUCUCACCGAGUACAGAGUAGGACAGGAAUGCUGUCGUAUGUGUCCCCCUGGAAACAGAGUUAAUAAACAUUGUACAAAGCUCACAAAUACAACCUGUGAGCCGUGCACUGAUGGAACCUUCCUGGAUCAGCCUAAUGGACGAACACAGUGCUUUCCAUGUACAAACUGUACUUCAGAUCCAGGUUUAAAGGUGAAAAGGCCGUGCACAACAACAUCAGGUGCUGUUUGUGAACCACGAGAUGGAUUCUUCUGUGUUGAUCUUAGAUGGGACAGCUGUAUCGCAGCACAGAAACACCACAGCUGUCAACCUGGUCAAUACAUCAGCCACAGAGGAACAGCAACAGCGGACACAGAGUGCAGCGACUGCACAGGGGAAACAUAUUCAAAUGGAACAUUUACAUCUUGCCAACCUCACACAAAAUGUGAAUCUGAGGGUCUUCAGCAGAUCAGACCAGGAAAUCAUUCAGCUGAUUCUGAAUGUGGACCAAAACAUGACGGUUCAAACAAGACAGUGAUCAUUGUACCACUGAUCUUGUUGGCUCUAAUAGUUGUAAUUUUAACAGCUGCAGUAAUGUGGCGAAUAAAGAAGAGACUCAAACAAAGUGCAGGAGGAAGAGAAAUUUUUCUAGCACAGGAAACACAAAGAGGAGGGGACCCAUCAGAGGCCUGUGCUUUAACAGCAUAUACAGUCAGUGGUUCUGGGGAAAAUGGAAACCAUCAGCCAUCAAGCAGCCAGCUGCUACCUCUGUCUGAAGGGCUGAACACGUGAGGAGGUCCAGAGACCCUGGUGGCCACACUUGGGGAGGAUGCCCUGUCAUACAUGAGACAUGAGCUACUGAGGUCAAAUAUGGCAGGGAGAGCCUGGAGGACCACGUCCAUCCAGGAAGGUGGAUUCCCAAGAGAUUCAGAGUGGACGGCUGACAGGACGUGAGCUCUUCCACCAGGACAAUCCUCCUGCCCACACCUC